UUGAAAGAAGUAGGAGGAGGCGAUGGGCUUUUCUGAAAUAACACAAUACAAUUACGGGCCCAUAGAGCAGAAAAGCCCAACCCUAGCACCCCAUCCAUCCCCAUCGGCGCCGCACGCGACCGAGUCGUCGUCCUCUCCCUCCCAUCCCCAUCCGCGCCGCUCCCAUCCCCAUCCGCGCCGCCCGCCGCCGCAUCCUGCUGUCGGGACCAGCGAUGGCCCCUGCCGUACUCAUUUCCGCGGCGGCGACAGCUGCGAUGAUAUCGGCCUAUGCCAACAAGAUCACCGUGGUCGCAGGCGCUGCAACCAGCGCCGGCACGAUUGGAUGGAUGGCCGCCGACUAUUUCAGGAAGGUGCCCUGCCCUUCAUGCACCAAGAUGGUCAGGGUGCGGGACUUCAUGGAUCACGCGAGGAGCCACACCUUCCAGUGCCCCUCGUGCCAAGAGCAUGUCAAGUUCUCUGAUCUGGAGAAGCAUGCGCAACACCAUGGUUUCCGCUGCACAGCCUGCUACGACGUUGUCCCGCUCGCCGACUUCGGCCCUCACCUGGAUCGUCACAGGCGCGAGGAUGACGAUGAGAGAGCAAGGCAAGGCGAUGACUACGUUGCGAGGGUGCGUGAGCUGACCCGCGAAUACGAGGAGAGGACGAGGAAGAUUCAGCGAGCUGAAGAUGAAUUCAACCAGGCAAAGGAGCGAGCCAAAUUGCUGUGGUCUCACUUAAAGGUCAAGUGCCAUGUCUGCAAGAGAACGGUCUGCAUUGCAGAGAUUGAAUCCCACGUUGCUCAGCAUAACCUUGGUUUAAAGCCAAGCUCAAACAGGCGAGAUGAGUUAGCCAGCAUCAAGGGGAACACCGGGAUCAAGUCCAAAGAUUCAAAGAUCAAAGAACUUCAAAAUAUUGCUGCACUUGAGAAUGAUAGGCUAAGUGGAUAA